GGCCGCUUCGAGGAACUUCGGACAUGAAAUCACGCUCAUCCUCGUCCUGCUCGUAUCCUGCUGGAUCGUGCAGGAUCGGUUAGUGCUUGGGAUGUCCGAACCACCGGAGUUAACCACGACGGAAGACUUAAUCGACAGGGGGACGAAGAAAUUUGGCGAUGAUUGCGUGGAAGAUCGUGAAUGCAGUUUCUCUGGCUCUUAUUGCGAGCCAAAAAAGAACAAAUGUUCGUGUAGAGAGGAAUUCGAGGCGACGAAUCAUAUCGACAAAUGUGGACACCCGGUGAACGUGAACGAAUCAUGCUUUUUCCAUGAGCAAUGCGAAGCUAGAGUGAGCCAAACCGAAUGCAGGGACAAUCGUUGCAUUUGCAUCUUCGAGAAGAUUCCGGUUACCCAACCUGACGGCAUGAUUGUGUGUGUCGCUGAGCAAAAAGAGGAACCCAAUCUUCAAUAUAUCGAUCCGACGAUGAUUGGUGUUCUCGUUGGUAUGGCCCUCAUGUUCAUCAUCAUCUGCGUCGUCCUUAGGCUUUUCAGCAAAGCUCGUUGGCGUGAAAAUCGUACAAUUUUUAACACCCCGAACGCCCGUCUAAUGAACGUAUCGUUACUAAGAGAGAACAAGCUCCUGCAUCCGCAGGAAAGACGCGGUUCAAGGGCAAGCGUACGAGUUCCCUCGAGGCAACCCUCGAUGGCCUCCUUACGUGCCCAUUCGCCGAAUGCCUCGCAAGGGUCACGAACAGGAUCACGACGGGGAAGUCGGGGUAGCAGUGGGAAUGCGUCAGCCGUCUCAACGAAAUCGAACAAAUCGCCACCUAAUCAACCAAAUACCAUGUCUGAAACUGUUCAUUCGGAAAAUGUCACCGUUGAAAUUCUCGAGGCUAAGGCGUAGAUCCACUGGAAAUCCACGACCAUCGUUGCUACACCUUUCUCUUUCCAAUGACGGUUGUGAAGUCGCCCUAAAGAAAGAAUCGUCUAGACGUUUUCAAAGCAAUUUUACGCAAUCUCUUUUUCAAAAUGUACAAAUUCCUAUUCACAUAAAUCCCUUUUCUCUUUUUUAUUCGAAAAAAUUCGCUCCUUUAAGUCUUACGUCUACUGCUUUGGUACAAAGAAUUUUUCUGAUUGACAUGCGUUUGCAUAUAACUUAUCCGGCC